UAAGGGAAAGGGAAUCCCCGUCAAUGGCUACCUCUCCACCCUCUUCUUCUCCCUCCGCCUCAUUCUCCUCCCCUUCCCUGUAUCCCUCCUCGCACAGUUCCUGUCACUCUCCGCCAUUGCUCAGCAGUAAGUCUUUCCUUCUCCUCGUCAGUCCUCUUCAAUCAAUCCGUUCAUCUUCCCCUCCAUCAAACCUUCCGGCCAACCAUGCAACUUUGCCUUCCCCACUCUUUUCAGGCAGAUCUCACCCUGUCCCUCCUCCCAACCUCAAUUUCCUGAUUGGCCCCUCUACAUUCCUCUUACUUUUUAGACCCUUUUGCCUUGUCAGAGUCUUGCUUUGCUGUUGCGGUUUCAGUUGUUGGCACUGAUCCCAAAAACUGAUCCCCACCUGACACGUGUGGCAUCUACCUCUGCACAUUCCCAAUGAUUCAUGCUGAUCGCGUGCUGCCUCUAGCCAAUCUUUCUUCCUCCUCCUGGUCGCCCUCCUAUCGUCCGUCGAGCUUCUGUGCCCGAGACCAGUUAGAAAGUCUCAUUGCCAGACACGGUCACCCCACCCGAGUUUCGUUGUCAUCGCUCCAGGAGUUAACCGCAACCUCAUCUACAUAUAACCCGCCUUCCCCCGCGUCGUCGAGCUCAGACACGACAGACUCCCUCGAGACCCUCACUCUCACCCAGUCAACCUCCCGACCUAUUCCCAUCCCCAAGCCGUCUCCCACCCUCCGCGAUAGAGACUUCCCCGUCACCCCUCUAACAGGGCGUUUUGACAAAGGCUACUACUUUGCCCACCGUGACCAAACCCCCGAGGGGCAGCGAGAAAAGGAAAUCCAUCGCAAGACCAGUCGACCUGGUCACCACCCUCAUCGUUCACCCUCGUCCAGAAUGCGUUCUGACAGCUCAACUUUCUACCCGCCCGCCAUUGCACCCGCCAUGUCUCCAGCUGGCCGUCCCUCCUCCCCGCAGCCCUCCCGCUCGCAGGGCCAAAACACCUCCAAGUCAAUGCCUGCCUUCCACCUGGGAAGCUUGCCACGAUUCCAUCCUGCAGUCUACCAGUCUUCCGGCAGCCCUCAAGCACAGCCUUCUUCACCACGACUGCCUCGACAGCACGGGUAUCGCACGUCUUCUGGCUCCCGUGAUGGCAUGUGGCAGUAUCGAGACCUUGUGGAUGGGGCUGCCCUGCCCAAGACUCCUGGAACUUUAUCGCCGGGCCCAUCCGCUCCGCGACUAGACCCUCUUCGCAGCCCUGGCCCGGUAACCCCGCUGGCGCUUGAAGAAGCAAGUGGCUAUCUGGCCUCGGGCCCAUCUAGCUCUUCCGACUUCUCCUCUCGAGAACACUCUGGGCCGGCCCCAGAUAUGGUGGACAGGCUAAUUGCUCGGGAGACUGAGAGAAACCGACAGAAAGCGAUGAAGCCCCUCAAGGGCUUCUAGGGUUAUCGUGAAUACAUCCACAGUGGCAACUGUCCUCGGGCGGAUGGUUGUCAGCAAUAGUUAUGCUUUAUAGCAUGACUUAGACCUCGGACUUCGGACUCCAGGUCUCAUUGAGUGCUAUCGGUGGCCUGCAGGACAGCACCGAUUGUGAGCUU